AUGGAGGGAACUGUAGAAAACCCGACUUAUCAUGAUGCCGUUCAAAGGCUGAACUCGACGCAAACGGGAUUUAAAAAAUUGGAAGAGAGAAGGCAAUUAGCGCAGAAGCUGGGUGAUUCUGAUGUUGAACAAAUGCGCCAAUGGCUCCGGCGUGUAGGCCACUCGACGAAAGAUCUCAACCGCCUCAAUAUCGUUCAUGUGGCCGGGACCAAGGGAAAGGGGUCAACCUGUGCUUUUGUCAACUCCAUCCUCGAGCAGUACCGUGCAACAACAGGGGCCCCAGAAAAGAUUGGAAUGUACACGUCUCCCCAUCUUGUGGCCGUACGUGAGAGAAUACAGAUCAACUCCAAGCCAAUAUCUGAGAAGCUCUUCACCAAGUACUUCUUCGAGGUAUGGAAUGCUCUAGAGUCGUCAGCGGUGAAGGAGGGCCUCGACCCAGCAAUCAAGCCGUCUUACUUCCGGUUCAUGACUCUGAUGUCUUUCCACCUUUUCCUGAGAGAAGAGGUGACCGUUGCCAUCUAUGAGGUUGGAGUUGGUGGUGAGCUGGACUCAACCAAUAUUAUAGAGCAGCCUGGCGUCGCUGGAAUAACUUCUCUUGGGAUUGACCAUGUCGUUGCACUUGGCGAUACCAUUGACAAGAUUGCCUGGCACAAAGCAGGAAUCAUGAAGACCGGAAGUCCGGCUUUUACUGUGACCCAGGUCCCUGACGCCAUGGCUGUACUUAAGAAUAGGGCGCUGGAAAAGGAGGUUACCCUAGGCCUUGUUGAUAUAAUACCUGCGCUUCGGCAGGUUAAUAUCAAGCCAGCUGAAGAGUUCCAGCUGAAAAACGCGUCCCUUGCAGUGAUUCUGUCGUCUGAGAUACUCCAGAAACUCAAUAUUGCGCCAGGUAUUGAUCUGGAGAACCUCCCAGUCCAGGUUGUCCAGGGUCUUGAGAGAACCGUAUGGCGCGGACGAUGCCAGCUCAUACACAGAAAUGGACAGCAGUGGCAUCUCGACGGCGCGCAUACUCAUGAGAGUCUCGAGGUUGCCAGCUCCUGGUUUGGCCGUCUUUGCCAGAACACAACCCAGCCGCGAAUCCUCAUCUUCAACCAGCAGUCUCAUCUCCGGGAUGUUGACGGGCUCCUUAACACCGUGCAUGAUGUUGUAUACAACCAGAUGGGCUUGAAUUUUCAGCAUGUCUUGUUCUGCACAAACAUCACAUACAAAGAUAACGAAUAUAAAGUUGAUUUUGUCGAUAAGAACGUUGAUCCGCAGCAUCUCAAGAGCCUCGUCUUUCAGAAGAAGAUGGCGGACUACUGGCGCAAGCUUGAUGCGGAUUCUCAGGUCGCCGUGCUGCCAUCUCUUCAGGAGGCUGUCGAGAUGGUCGACCAGAUCGACGGCGGCACAAAGGAGGCAAAGGUCCUCGUAUGCGGGAGCUUCCGUCUGGUUGGCGGGAUGCUCUCACUAAUAGACCAGGAAAGCUCCGAUGUGCGAUAG